AUGAAAUUUACAAUCUUUACCAUUGCCGCCACUUGCAUUGCUGCCGUGUCUGCUGCUUCAAGUACUCCUGAAAGUGGUGUUUCCACCAAUCUCGGGAAACGUGGUUUAAAGUCAUUUUUAAAACGCCAAAAAUCUGUCAAGCAUAAACAGUGCAAUCCCGAAAAGUGUUGCAAAAACUAUGACGAGUCUUAUUGCUAUAGUACUGAAAGCCAAACUGGUCCAGUCCCAUGCCGUGCUGGUGAUCAAGAAGAAAUGUACAAGAUGGAUCUAGACGUGGUUUCAAAGAAUAAAAUGUUUGCGGCUGUUCAAAACAUCUCGGUAGCUUCUUCAGAAUUUAGCGUUCAAAUGCUAAGCCAUGUAGAUCCAACAGUGCGAAGACUUUCCUUAAGAUGCAUAUCCAGCUGGAUUCAGCACGAAUUCCUUCCAGUCGACACACUUGUGCAAAUUUUAAAAAGUUUAUUAUUUCAGCUACUUCAGGGAUCUGAUUUCGAAACAACUGCCGAUGCCAUUUCGGAGAUACUUGGAGAGUGUCGACUUAAACGUGUUCAAAAGUCUGUUUGCGAAUUAGCUUUGGAUACCUUGACUUCGGACGCUAUAUAUAUUAGACUAUCCAAGUCAAUACAAGAUCAAGACGAGUCGGUUGUGCAACUUAUUUGCAAAAUGCUUUCAGAAUUAGGCAAAAACCACGUCGAGUACUUUUGGGAAAAUCUGCACACUCAGCCAGUUAGCAAAGCGCUUGACAUGUUGUUGGACAUUACAUCUUUUCCAGGAUACUUUGGAGUUGACCAGGUCGUCACGCAAGUAUAUUUGCUUGUUGAGCAACCAUUUUACUUUUGGUUCCUUUUUCAAGAAGCUGCUGCAGAGGGUAUGGACAUGUGGGCCAAUGAUGAUUUACAAGAACAGUAUUCAAUUAUCGAGUCUCGCAUCAAUCAGAUUUUUCAAAAAUUACUAGAGUCGCUGUGCAUUCAAGUCAAAUAUCCGCCUUUGCAUGAAUAUGAAUCCUGGAGCAAAGACGAUAGAGACAAAUUCAAAUCUCAUCGCAUAGAAUGUGCGGAUACCAUGCUAUGUUGCCACUCUAUUUUGAACGAUCAAGCGUUUGAGCUGGUUUGUGGUGCAAUUCUUCAAAGGUUGUUGCAGUUCAACAGUUUACCGAAUACUUCAAUCGAGGAGUUGGAAGCAUUUCUAUUUGCGCUCAAGGGAUUUAGCGAAUCUGUUGAUUCAAAUGCAAACGUGUGUCUCGACCAAAUUAUUCAAACACCAGUAUUGCAGCAGAUUGAUUCCCUUUGCACUACCCAUGAUUUAAGUGGACAAUUGCGAAAUACAUGUGUGUCGUUGCUAGGCUUAUAUGCGGACUGGCUUUCUACUCAUCAUAAAAGCAUAGGACCAGCUUUUGAAUUUGUUUUAUCAAGUUUAAAAACCACUCGGUCGUGUGUUUUGGCUGCCAAUGCACUUCGUCAAAUUUGCGAUUCGUGCCGUGUUUCGCUUGCUACCUAUUCUGAUCAUGUUAUCAAUACUUGCAUUUCUGUGCUUUCCGUAACAGAUCGAGCAACACAUGGCAAGAUUAUCGAAUCCCUUUCAAUGAUUAUUCAAGCACUUCCUACUGAUGAGGCCAGUCCCAGACUUAAUAUGAUUCUGGAUGGCAUUUUAUCAGAGCUUGAGACUUUGCUUGUCUCUGCCAAAUCGAAUACUAAUUUGACACAAUAUCGGCCGGAUGUGUUGGCUCAACUUGAAUAUUUGAUUGCCUGUUCGCAUGGUGCCAAUUCAUUUGAUGAUUCAAAAUCAGUUAUUGUAAAUCUUGUGGAUGUGCCCGCUGCUCCAAAUGAGCACGAGCUGCGAAUUGGUACGAAUAUAGCAAACAUGAUUCACACUGUGAUUGUACUGUGGCAUGCUGAUGAAGAAAUGAUUCAAACAGCGUGCAAUGUCGUCAGUGAAAUGUCUAAAUCAAGUUUGCCCCAUCUUGGUAGCCAGUGCCAGCCAUUGAUUUCGUUUUUUUUAAAAGCAGUUGAGCAAUUUCCUAGAGCUUGCUACUUGCGCACGCUGUCUGCGUUGACAAAAUAUGCUGCUUCUCGUCAAUCAGAAGAUGAAGCUGGACUAGUCAUUCGUAAAGAGGUAUUCAAGACUAUAAGCACACAGGUUGUAGAGCGAUUUGCCACCACCUCAUACAUGGAAAGUCAUCCCGAUGUGGUCGACGAAUUUGUGCGAAUGCUUUAUAGUUUUCUAAUAAUGCAUGGAUCAGUCGUACUGCAAAUGGAACCAGGAUUUAUGCGUACAGUCGUGGUCACGGUGAUCUUACAGGGGCUAAAGUUGCAGGAGCGACUAGCAGUGACAACAAUCCUUAAAUUUGUGACUGAUUUUAUCAAUGCUCCAUUCGAAGCUGCAGUAGUUGAACAUAUUGUCAAGGAUGUUUUGGAUACUACAGGUUUAGCGAUUAUUCACGAAUUACUUAUGGCAUUGGGUGGUGGACUACCAAGAAGCUUAGUGGACAAAGUGUCGGACGCAUUAUUUACGUUGAUUUGCAAGUAUCCAGUUCAUACUCGUCAAGGAUUACAAGCAUGUUUAGCCCAACCAAACUUUCCUUCCAGCCUAGCUACGCCAAUCCACAAAGCAUCGUUUCUUAAAUCCAUUACCAGCACUCGUCAGGGAAAAACGUUUCGUAGUGCACUUAGAACGUUUUCGGCUCAAUGCCGUGGGCUAGAUGCUGUUGGAUUUGGAUAA